GUUGUGACAUCUGAAGUGACUGAAACUGGGCAGCCCAAACGACGUUCUUUUCGCAUAGGGUUACAGCUUUGAUUUGUCACUCAUUGCCGCUUCCUUCUUCUCUCGAGUCUCUCCUUAACAUUCUCCUUCACUCCUUUGCGCUCGCUAUUCAUCUAUUGCUGUUGUUACUGACAAUGGCAACUAGACAGGUCGUUUUCCCAGCAACCACAGUACCUUUUCCAGUAGCGUUCUCUCUAUCUCAGUGAGAUGGGGGCUAAGGAGAAGAAAGUGUUGAAGAACUUGAAGAAGGUUUCUUCGUCUCAAUUAUCUAAUGAAAAAGAGCCUGCUGAUUUCUUGCCCUUAGAGGGUGGACCUGAGCACAAGCUACGGCUACCUAAACAAAAGGAGCAGAAAAAUAUUGCUACUGUGUUAUAUAUUGGUCGGAUACCACAUGGUUUCUAUGAGAAGGAAAUGGAAGCUUACUUUUCCCAGUUUGGUACUAUCAAGAGAUUGAGAAUUGCAAGGAAUAAGAAGACUGGAAAAUCAAAGCAUUAUGGAUUCAUUGAAUUUGCAGAUCCUGAGGUGGCUGAAGUUGUUGCUGAGUGUAUGCAUAAUUAUCUAUUGUUCGAGCAUCUUCUGCAAGUCCAUCUUAUCCCUCCAGAGCAUGUUCAUCCAAAAUUGUGGAAAGGUUUUAAUUAUCAAUAUAAACCAUUGGACCGGGUCCAAAUUGAGCGAAAGCGGCAGAACAUGGAUAGAACACUUGAAGAGCAUAAAAAGUUGGUGGAAAAGAUUAUGAAGAAAGGUCAGAAGCGGCAAAAGAUGAUAGAGGCUGCUGGUCUUGAUUAUGAGUGCCCAGAAAUUGUGGGUGACGUACAGCCUGCUUCCAAAAGGAUCAAGUUUGAUGAAGAUUAGGCUUUUGAGGAAAUUUCAAUGGAAAAUAUUAUGAAAAUUUUGUUUCAGCGCAAUUAUCUUUUUCAUUUAACGUGGAUGAAAAUUUUGACAUGCUUGCUCCACUUUUCUGCUCGGGUCAUUACAGGUAAACAAAUAGGCAACUUUCAUGAAGUAGGUCAUUGCCAGAAAUUCUAACUAAGCUGUGUAUCAAAGAAUCAGCAAAGCAACCUAUAUGAAGCUUAUGUGAACUGCGUUUUGUUUACUUCUGCAUAGGUUUCUAACAGUAUAAUGCUCCGUUACUUAACUGACGUCCCCACAAAUGUAGAUUUUCCCUUUUAAUAUUAUUUUUGUAGUACGAACAACCAAGAAAGGAAGAAGAUAAACAAUUUGAGUAUGUAUUUCUUCAAUUGAGGGUUCAGUAGCAGACUGAUGAUUUGUCCA